AAAGUCUUCCUAGUCAUCACUCUCGCCUUGGUUGCCUUGGCUUCGGCUGAUGUCAGUCAUUUGUCGAAUUCAUACCUGCCGCCCAGCUCAGGCAUUUCAUACUCAUCGGGCGCUUCUCUUGGUAACUCAUACUCUUCGGGUGGUUCUCUUGGCAAUGCAUACUCUUCAGGCGGCUCUCUUGGUGGCUCGUACUCGUCAGGUGGGUCCUUAGGUAACUCAUAUUCUUCAGGCGGCUCCCUCGGUGGCUCAUACUCUUCAGGCGGUUCUCUGGGCGGCUCAUAUUCGUCCGGAGGUGCUGCUGGCGGUUCAUACUCGUCGGGUGGUGGCUCGUCCUACUCUGGGUCAUCCAACGAAUACCUGCCUCCUGCCUCAGCUCCAGUGUACUCUGCUCCAGCUCCUGCUCCCGUCUAUUCUGCACCAGCUCCUGUUUACUCUGCACCAGCUCCAGCUCCUGUUUACUCUGCACCAGCUCCAGCCCCAGUAUACUCUGCACCUGUAGUUUCUUCGGGCGGAAGUGAUGGUGGUUACUCUUACUCUAGCGGUGGUUCAUCUGGAGUCUCCGGCGGUAUUUCAUUCGGCCACUCCAGCGGCGGAUCGUACUCAAGCGGUGGCUCUUCCGAAUACUCUGGCCCAGCUCUUGCUCCAGUUUACUCGGCACCAGCUGCUGCUCCAGUCUACUCAGCUCCAUCACAUUCAUCAGGUGGCGAUGGCGGUUACUCUUACUCCAGCGGUGGUUCAUCUGGAGUCUCUGGUGGUAUUUCGGUCGGCCACUCUGGCGGUGGGUCGUACUCAAGCGGUGGCUCUUCCGAAUACUCUGCCCCAGCUCCUGCUCCAGUUUACUCAGCUCCAUCACUUUCAUCAGGUGGUGAUGGCGGUUACUCUUACUCUAGCGGUGGGUCGUCUGGAAUCUCAGGAGGUAUUUCAAUUGGACACUCUGGCGGUGGGUCCUACUCAAGCGGUGGGUCUUCCGAAUACUCUGCCCCAGCUCCUGCUCCGGUUUACUCGGCACCAGCUCCCGCUCCAGUCUACUCAGCCCCAUCACAUUCAUCAGGUGGCUCCUUGUCUUACUCGUCGGGUGGUGCAUCGUACUCUGGUGGCGAUGCUGGCACUCAGUAUGCCUCCAACGGUGGUUACGUCUACAAAAAGCAGUAA